AUAAGGCAAGCCCAUAAUUUUACCCCUAAUUUAUGAUUAAAAAAAUUUGCAACAAUUUUCCGGUUCAGUUAACCCGGGCGACCCGCUUUCGCUUCAUAACUUCAUUAGUCCGUUUUGAGAGUUUUCCUUUGCCGCCAUCGCCGCCGAAGCUGAGCUCCUUCCACUUCAUUCUGUAAGUUAAAUUAAUCAAAAAAAGAAGUGAAAAAGCUGCUAUUUUUAGAUAAAAUGGGGGGAUCAGCCAAGGAGCAACAACAGGAGGUAGAAGAAGAUGAGGAAGAAUAUGUCCUACUCGAUUUGGAUAGCGUAGCUCCCCACAUUCGUAUUCCAGCGAACGCACCAUACGUGCUCACUGGUCUGGACACGCUAAACCCGAUUCUCGUGAUAGAUAACAAUAUCAAGCUGAUUGGAGAAUACACUGAAACAAUUGGGACUGGCCUUAUUUUUGGUGAAAGUGACGCGGGGCGUGAACAAGAGGCUGGUCCAUCUGAGGCCAAGAAAACCCAAGCUAAGCAGGUUAAUCCAUUGGGACAGCUCACUAAGGUUCUUAAAUUCAAAUUAUGCUUGGAACCUACGAGUUAAGAUCUUCUGACCCACAAUUGGUGUCGUGAUUGAUCCCUCUCGUUCUGUGGUACAAGACUUCCGAUCAUCCAGGGAACCUCACCUCGUCUUAUACAACAAAAAGAUUGUCAACUUUGUUCUUUUUUUUCCCUCUCAGCUAUCUGUAUGCUUUCAGCGCCAUGUACAUUCUAUCUCUCCGUCCUUCGUUGUUGAAGCCUAAUUACUUAAUUAGUAACAUAUGUAUUGAAAAGAAUACUUUUAUAACAAAGUUUUGGUUGAUUUAAA